AUGAGCUUAACCAGACAGAAUUUUCAUGAAGAAUGCGAAGCUGGUAUUAAUCGGCAAAUCAACAUGGAACUGUACGCCAGCUAUCUGUAUUUGUCGAUGUCGCAGCACUUUGACAGGGAUGAUGUCGCCCUUAAUGGCUUCAGGAAGUAUUUUGCCAAAGCCUCUGAGGAAGAACGUGAGCAUGCAAUUAAGCUUAUGAGAUACCAGUGCAAGCGAGGGGGUCAUAUUGUCUAUCAAGAUAUCUCGAAACCUCAGAAGACAGAGUGGGCGAGCGGUUUAGAAGCUAUGGAGGCAGCUCUUAAAAUAGAGCAGGAUGUUAACGAGUCUCUCCUCGCAUUGCAUGAUGUUGCAACUAAACACAACGACAAGCAGUUUUGCGACUUUCUGGAGUCCGAAUAUUUGGGGGAGCAAGUUGACGCCAUCAAAGAAUUGGCCGAUCACAUCACCAAUCUGCGGCGUUGUGGACCUGGACUCGGAGAGUACAUGUUCGACAAGGAGACCCUUCAUGGUGAUGAAGACUGA